UUCUGUAAUCAGUCAUCGUCUUUUGUCGACAAGCCCACAAGCGUUUUCCUCUCCGAGUCCUCCCUGGCCUCUCAACCACUCAUCAUCGCCUUCGCAGGCAUCGCCCUCUCGCCGGGCCGUCCGAUUCCGCCAUGGCUUCCGAUGAGAGCAAAAAUUCAAAACCAGAGAAGCCAUCUUCAGCAGCUGGUGCAGGCCUCCCCAAUCCGUUUGAUUUUUCUUCUAUGAGCAACUUGCUCAAUGACCCAUCGAUAAGAGAGAUGGCUGAGCAAAUUGCAAGUGACCCUGUGUUCAACCAGAUGGCUGAACAGCUUCAGAAAAGUGCUCAGGGUGCUGGAGAACAGGGUAUUCCUGCAUUGGAUCCUCAACAGUAUAUGGAAACAAUGCAACAAGUCAUGCAAAACCCUCAGUUUGUGUCAAUGGCAGAGCGUCUUGGGAAUGCCCUUAUGCAGGAUCCUGCUAUGUCCAGUAUGCUUGAGAACUUGACCAGUCCAGCUCAUAAGGAGCAGCUUGAGGAGAGGAUGGCCCGUAUCAAGGAAGAUCCAUCCUUGAAGCCAAUUCUUGAUGAGAUAGAGAAUGGGGGUCCAUCUGCAAUGGUGAAGUAUUGGAAUGACCCUGAGGUUCUUCAAAAGAUUGGCCAGGCAAUGGGUGUUAACCUUCCCGGAGAUUCUAGUGUGUCCACUGUGCUCUCUGGACCUGAAGAGACUGAGGAGGAAGGAGGGGAUGACGAUGAGUCCAUUGUUCAUCACACUGCAAGUGUUGGUGAUGAAGAGGGUUUGAAGAAAGCUUUAGAAGGUGGAGCAGACAAGGAUGAAGAAGAUGCCGAGGGAAGACGGGCUUUACAUUUUGCAUGUGGCUAUGGUGAGUUGAAGUGUGCAGAAAUUCUCCUUGAGGCGGGGGCCGCAGUUGAUGCCCUAGAUAAGAACAAGAACACUCCGUUGCACUAUGCUGCUGGGUAUGGUCGGAAGGAAUGUGUGGAUCUUCUGUUGAAGUAUGGUGCUGCUGUCACGCUCCAGAAUCUGGACGGGAAAACCCCCAUCGAGGUUGCCAAACUCAACAGUCAAGAUGAGGUUCUCAAGUUGCUAGAGAAGGACGCUUUCCUAUAGAGAAGAGAACCGCCGAAUAAAGUGUAUCAAGCCGUCAAACUAUUGGUUUUGCAUUGGUUUAUUUAUCUCGGUCUGGUAUGGUUGUCUGUAGCUUGUGAAUUUGAUGUUCUUUUCAUAGCGAAUGCCGUUUUUGAACCAGUACUUGUGUAAGAAGUACCUAGGCUUGUUCUUGUCCUCCAUAUAUGAAUCUUUCACACUUGUCAAGAA